AUGGAUCCGACCCGCACCUCCGACCACACUCCGGCACCCACACCGCCAAGGCAUCGCUGCACACCUCACACGGCAGCAACCAAACGCCCGCUGCCCGCCAAGACCCUUCCUGGCAAGGCCUCGCAGCGCCGCCGCCGCCAUGGCUGCGCUCGCACCGCCGCCAUCGCCCGUGCCGGUGCACCACCUACACCCUCCAUCCUGCUACGCUCCACGCAAGGAUCCAGAGACAACCGCCGCACUCCCUGCCGUGAGUACCCCAAGGACGCUGGCCAGCGCCGAAGACGCACCAGAUCCGUGCUCCGAGCACCGCCAGCCAGCACUACCGACCCGCCACUAGCCAACCACCGCCGGGAGCGAGUCGCAGCAGAGCCACGGGAACACCACGCCACGCCUAACAGAGGUCACAGCCCCGAACCCCGCCGCCCAGAUCCAGCCAAGGUGAAUCCCAGGUCCCGGGUUGCACCAGCCGUCGAGGCAGCACCACCGGCAGCAGGCGGCCCACCACCUCCGGCGCCGAGCAGGGAUGCCACCGUGCCUCCGCUGCGCCACGCCGCCAAGGCACCAGCGGCCAGAUCCGAGCCGUCGUUGGAGGAGGUAGGGGAGCUGCGCCGGGGAGAUGCCCCGCCGCCGCCGACACUGCCAGGGCUUUGCCCCGCAGCGGACCACGACGGCGGCGAGGGAGGGAGGCGGAGAAGGGGGCGCUGGCGGCGGGGCGGAUAG